AGUUGACAAGCCGUCCAAAGUUUUUUUUCCAACUCAGUUAUAAUUAUCAUCAAACUGUAGAUAAAAAAUUUCAAAACUUUUUCAUCGUUUUGAAGAGGAAGAGAAAGCGUUACAGUCACAGAGUUACAGUUAAUGAAAUAAGAAAUGAAAAAGAAGAUGGGACCCACCUCUGCAAAGUGAACGCAAGAUGUGUGCAGUUUUUGCAAUUACCCUUUUGCAUGAAAGUUGCCAUUAGCUCUUUAGAUUCGCCUCAUCUCUCCUCUUUUCUCUUCUUACCUUUUUAUUUAUUAAACGACUCUCUCUGAAAUCCAAACUGAUCAGCAGCUAGCUUCUGGCCUUCAAAUUUUGGUGUAACUUUACCUCACUCAACCAAAUUCCCUUUCUUUUCAGGGAAAGUUUAAUUCCUGUUUGGUUAUACAGAGUGAUACCUGACAUAUAAAAAAUGGGGGCUUCCAGCUCUCGGGUAGAAGAAGAUAAGGCCCUAUGGCUAUGUCGUGAAAGGAAGAAGUUUGUUAGACAAGCGCUUGAUGGCAGGUGCUCGUUGGCAGCUGCUCAUAUUGAAUAUGUUCACUCUCUGAGAAAUGCUGGAACUGCUCUGAGGAAGUUUGUUGAACCUGAAGGUCCAAUUGAAUCUUCUUUGUACACUUUCACUGAUGCAACUCCAGAGCCAGUUGCUUUGACCGAGGAGUCUCUUUCCCAUUUCUCAUUCUCAUCUCCAACCAUUUCCCAACAGGUAGAUGUAACUGAAAACCUUUGUCCAUCUCCUGCUCCUCAUACCUCAAGUCAAUUUCAGGCAAGUCACAUGAAAUUUAGUGGAAUAUCAUCCAAAAAGGUUGAAGAAGAACCUCCUUCGCUUGAUAUUGGAACGGUAACAACAUCGAGCACUCCAGAAAAUAGCAAACCUCAUGGCACUGAAAACGAAGAAUCUUCACUAUUUGAAAAAUCGUCUAUCCCCACAGAAACUCCACCAUGGGAUUACUUUGGACCUCGCCAUCCGAUUGACCAGCAAUUUUCUUUUAAAAAAGAGAAAGGGAUGAAGCAAGGGUUUGAAAAUGUUGAUGAUUUAAGAAAGCUCAGGGAAGAGGAGGGAAUUCCUGAGCUGGAAGAUGAAGAGGGAAAUGCUUCUUUUAGUGGAAGGGAAGAGUCCCUAGAUUCAGAGGAUGAAUUUGAUGAGCCGUCUGCAGACACGCUAGUUAGAUCUUUUGAAAAUUUUAACCAGCUCCAUGAUCAUAAUGCGGCUGGUGCUUCACCUACCAUGCCAUUUGGUAGUGUAGCUUCUGAAAGUGAGUUCAUGAAUGGUGAAAAAUGCAACUCUCCUGAUUUAUCACCAGUGAGAGCCACUUCCUCUAGAGCUUCCCUUUCAUCUAACACAAAGAAAACACCAGUGAAGGAAGAUUGUAUUGAAAAUAAGGUUAACCCUAAGGACCUCCUUUCGAUCAUGAAAGAUAUUGAAUAUCUCUUUAUUAAAGCUGCUGACUCUGGGAAGGAAGUUCCAAGGAUGCUUGAAGCAAACAAGUUGCAUUUCCGUCCAAUGUUACAGGCAAAUGAAAGUGGUUCAAUGGCAUUUACAUUCUUCAAAGCUUGUUUCUCAUGUGGGGAAGAACAUAGUGAAGUUGAAGAAGAGCCUGCGCAAAAUUCCAUAAAAUACUUAACUUGGCAUAGGACGGAAUCAUCUCGAUCAUCUUCAUCUAAGACUCCUCUGGGUUUGAAUUCAAAAGACGAGGUAGAGGACCUUACCAGUGAUGUUUUUGAUAGUAUUCACAUGAUCUCAAGCAGUCAUGCCUCAACCUUGGAUAGACUAUAUGCAUGGGAGAGGAAGCUUUAUGAUGAAGUAAAGGCUUGUGAGAUGGUCAGAAGAGUUUAUGAGUCAAAGUGUAAAACAUUAAGACAACUGGAAUCAAAGGGAGAAAGUCCUGCUAGAAUUGAUAAGACCCGUGCUUUUGUUAAAGAUUUACACUCAAGAAUCAGAGUUGCAAUCCACAGAAUUGAGUCAAUAUCAAGGAGGAUUGAAGAACUACGGGACACAGAGCUCCAGCUGCAACUUGAGGAGCUGAUUGGAGGGUUAAGUCAGAUGUGGGAAGCUAUGUAUGAAUGUCACAAGCUUCAGUACCAAAUUAUCUCGGUAGCUUUCAACAAUGGCAACAAUAAAAUCUCAAUACAGUCAGAUUCACAACGGCAAAUUACUAUUGAUUUAGAAUUUGAACUAAGCUCUCUGUCUUCUAGUUUUACAAAGUGGAUUAGUGCUCAGAAAUCUUAUCUUCAGGCUAUAAAGGAUUGGCUUUACAAAUGUGUAUAUCUUCCUCAAAAAUAUUCCAAGAGAAAAAGACAACGGCGAUACCCCGCUUUGCGAGACUCUGGUCCUCCAAUAUAUGCCACUUGUGAUGUCUGGUUGGAAAACCUGGAUGAAUUGCAUCCUGAGCAUGUCACUGAUUCUAUCAAGAAUUUAGCGACACAAAUAAUUCGCUCCCAGCCACAUCAAGAAAAGAAUCAAGGGAGAAGUGCCACCCGUCUUUCAACAACCUGGAAUGCUGAUAAUGCCAGUACUCCUGCAAUCACUAUAACGACAGAUGAAGCUUCAGAGGAUUGGAUUUCUGGUUUUGACCGUUUUCAAUCAUGCCUGGUGGAUUUUAUUGGUCAGCUGAACAACUUUUCUAAGGAUUCUGUAGAUAAGUAUGCAAAACUUUUGCAAGCCAUCAAAGAUGCUAAGAAUAAGUACACUGGGAUGAUUAACAGAGAUGCUAAGAGUAAUGCUGAUCUGGUACGUAGUAAUUGCUAAUUGCUGUCAGAAUCUUAAAUUUUCAACUCUUGAAUGAGUUGCAAAUGGGGAAGGAAGAAUUACACAUACUUUAAAAUUUCUUUGCUGCUACUUGAAAUACAGAAGCAUUUUCAGGUCCCAGAUAAAUGGCAAUAAUUUGUUUCUAAAAUUCUCUAAGAGGAAGGAAUAAAGGUUGGAGGUUUUCUUUUUAUGUUAAAUGGAGGGUAAAAUAAAAGGAGGUGAAAAUUAAUUAGUAUGGAGAUGUUACAAAGGGUGGGGAUGAGGUGUGUAAUAAAUGUAACAGGAUCUGUGUAAAUUUAGCAAAUAGAAAGUAGCAUGGAUUUCCAAUGCUCAUCUCUUGUUUCAUAAUGUUUGUUGUAAUCCCCUUAAAGCAACUCAAUUUAUGCAUUAUUUACUGUGUUUUA